AUGGUAUAUCUAGUGCGCAACAAGAGACUUGCGACUUUCAAGCCUGUGGUGAUCCCGGCUAACGGCCUGGUAUCAAUCUCAAGUCUCCAUACAAAUCCAAUUGGAAGGCCCCAAUUGCAGAAGAAUUCCUGCGCAAGUACCUCUGUUCGCGGAUUUCGCUCAAUUCCCAUCACAAUGGCAGCAUCCUCCGAACUCAAGCAGACUUUGACACCAUCCCUCCUUGAUGAAGUGCACAAGUUGUGGUUCGAUCAUCUGAGCAGCGAGGAGGCACUUAUCUUACCCGGAUGGAGCGAAAUGGGGAAGUGGUUUUCUCGCGACGAGGCUUUUGACAAGGCCUGCGUCAACCAAUUCCGCCCUGCCCUGGAAAAGAUAGUUGGCUCCGGAGCAUCAGCUUCAGACAUCCUAUCUGCGGUUAGCCCGUCCUCGCCCAUGGAUUGGCUCAGCAUUAUUAUUCUACUUGAUCAGAUUCCCCGCAAUUGCUACCGAGGAGCCGAGUCGAAGCUAGUAUUUGGACGCUUUGACCCACUGGCCGAGGAGAUCGCCCUUCGAGCAAUUGAAGAAGGGAUACCUACCCAGUCGCCGUAUUUCAAGUAUCGCAUGGCUUAUCGCACUUGGUUCCAUAUGCCCCUUAUGCAUUCGGAAGACUUGGCUGUGCAUGAGCAAGCCGUCAAGGUGCACGAGGGUACAGCCAGAGAUGUGAAUGAACUUCUGGCUAGGGACGCAUCGACUCUUACGGAAGAGGAAAGAAAAUGCCACAGCGUUCUAACCGAGAAGGCGGAGGCACUCCAGGCAUUCUUGAGCAAUACUUUUGACUUUGAGAAGAGGCACAAAGUGAUUAUUGAGCGAUUUGGACGAUACCCGCAUCGGAACCAAGCACUGGGGAGACCGUCUACCCCAGAGGAAAUCGAAUAUCUGAAAAAUGGCGGGGAGACAUUUGCGUGA